GCACAACAGAAGUAUUUUUUUUUUACCGGAAGUGUACGUUAGCCAUGAGCGUUUACUUUCGAUUGAAUGCGGUGGCGUUUAAUCAAUAACUCGAAAUCGGCAUAAAAUAUUUGACUUGAAAAGUAAACAUGCCGAAGGUCGUGUCUAGAAGUGUUGUGUGCUCGGACACGCGUGACCGAGAGGAGUACGACGACGGAGAGAAGCCCCUUCAUGUUUACUACUGUCUGUGCGGCCAGAUGGUGCUGGUCCUGGACUGCCAGCUGGAGAAACUCCCCAUGAGGCCUCGAGACCGAGCCCGGGUGAUCGACGCCAUCAAACACGCGCACAAAUUCUGCAACGUGGAGCAGGACGAGAACGCGUACGUCAAGAGAGAUGAGGGCAUCGAGAGGCAAUACCGCAAAAAGUGCGGCAAGUGCGGCCUGCUCCUCUUCUACCAGCACCAGGAGAAGAACACUCAAGCCACCUUCGUUGUGGAAGGAGCGGUGGUUAAAUUUGGACAGGGGGUCGGAAGCACCAGCGUGUACAGUCAAAAGCAGCCCGAAGCGCCCAAGAAGGUCCGCGUGAUGAUGACGAAGCGAACCAAAGACAUGGGCAAGUUCAGCUCCGUCACGGUGUCUACGAUCGACGAGGAGGAGGAGGAAAUCGAGGCCAGGGAGGUGGCCGACUCGUACGCGCAGAACGCCAAAGUGAUUGAGAAGCAGCUGGAGAGAAAGGGCAUGAGCAAGAGGAGGCUGCAGGAGCUGGCCGAGCUGGAGGCCAAGAGAGCAAAAAUGAAAGGCACCCUCAUUGACAAUCAAUUCAAAUAGACGAGGCCUGAGGAACUCAUUGAAGUUAAUCUUCAUUUGUCAGCUUACAAAAGUACUCAUGUUGGACUUUUGGUUUAAAGUGUUAUUUUGUACGGCUGUACCGUAUGUAGUGAUGAAUAUUUCUCCGUGCAUACUGUACAUGGCUUUGAUAGAUGUUCUUUUUUUCUACUUUGACCAAAUAAACUGGAUUUUAAGCAAAGGCA